AACAGGUGUUUUGGACCAGGCCAGUCAGCCCUGACAGUGCGCUUUCUCCGCCCAGUACCGUCGGUAACCAUAGCGAACACAAUCAUCGGAAACGCUCGAGUCCAGAAUGACGAAUUUUAAAUGUUGCGUGAGAAUUCCAUGCAUGCCAGUCAGUAGGAUAGUUCAUGCAUGACACACCGCCGUAACCUGGUAGUUUCUAUCGAUUGGUAAAUCCCGAAUGUGCCAUGGAAACUUUUAUCUUCAAGUGAGGCCUGUUGAUACAGGUUUGUUUAGUUGCCUGGUAGUUUAUAGCGUGGAUUACAAUGCAUUCAAAUUACGGAUCCAUGAUGGACCUGGGCUCGGAUUACGUGAAAAUUAAAGCGCACUACAGCGGGGACAUGCUAAUCACGGACUUGGCUGCCACAGUAACCUACAUGGGACUAUGUGAGGAGGUGAGGGUGAUGUGCAGCCUGGCCCGGCAGCAGCCAAUCACUCUCAAGUGGAUCGACGAUGAGGGAGACCCAUGUACCAUCUCCUCUCAGAUGGAACUGCAGGAGGCCUUCCGGAUCUACAGCCGCAACAGGAACUCAGGACUCCUGCUGCACGUCUUCCCCAGUAUCCCAGUGAAGCCAGGUAUGCCAUGUCCAGGAGAAGACCAAUCGAUCUACCGCCGCGGGGCCAGAAGAUGGAGGAAGCUCUACCGAGUCAACGGACACCUCUUCCAGGCCAAGCGCUUUAACAGGAAAGCGUACUGUGGCCACUGCAGUGAAAGGAUAUGGGGGCUGGGGAGGCAGGGCUACAAGUGUAUCAACUGCAAACUGCUGGUCCAUAAGCGCUGUCACACACUUGUCCCUCUGACCUGCCAAAGGCAUAUGGAGCCAGUCAUGCCAUCACAGGAGCCCCCUUUAGAUGAGAAGAGUGAAGAGGUAGACCUCCUCCCUCAAGACACAGAGGAUACAGAUGGAAUACCUUUCCUACCACACAAUUGCAAGAUGGAUAAAGUUGAAGAGGACUCCGAGGAUAUCAAAGCGGUGGUAGAUGGGAUCGAAGGCAUCAAGAUCUCCCAGGGGCUGGCGCUGGGCUUGGGGGACUUCGACCUGAUCCGGGUGAUCGGCCGCGGCAGCUACGCCAAGGUGCUGCUGGUGCGACUCAAGAAGAACGAACAGAUAUACGCCAUGAAGGUGGUCAAGAAGGAACUGGUGCACGACGACGAGGACAUUGACUGGGUGCAGACAGAGAAGCACGUGUUUGAGCAGGCGUCCACCAAUCCGUUCUUAGUGGGCCUUCACUCUUGCUUUCAGACAGAGAGCCGGUUAUUUCUCGUGAUCGAGUACGUCAACGGAGGGGAUCUGAUGUUUCAUAUGCAACGGCAACGGAAACUACCAGAAGAACACGCAAGAUUCUAUGCUGCUGAAAUUUGUAUCGCUCUGAAUUUCCUGCAUGAAAAGGGAAUCCUCUACCGAGAUUUGAAACUGGACAACGUUCUCUUGGAUCACGAGGGACACAUCAAGCUGACAGACUACGGGAUGUGCAAGGAGGGCAUAAGACCAGGAGACACCACCAGUACAUUCUGUGGAACCCCCAACUACAUAGCCCCCGAGAUCCUCAGAGGGGAAGACUACGGGUUCAGUGUUGACUGGUGGGCGUUAGGUGUGCUCAUGUUUGAGAUGAUGGCCGGGAGGUCCCCUUUCGACAUCAUCACCGACAAUCCUGACAUGAACACAGAGGAGUACCUCUUCCAAGUUAUUCUCGAAAAGCCCAUUCGCAUCCCAAGGUCUCUGUCGGUGAAGGCCGCCAGCGUGCUGAAGGGCUUUUUAAACAAGGACCCCAAAGAGCGUCUGGGUUGCCAGGUCCAAACGGGCUUCUCUGACAUCAAGUCGCAUACGUUUUUCCGCAGUAUAGACUGGGACCAGCUGGAGAAGAAACAGAUGGCCCCGCCCUUCAAGCCCCAGAUCGCAGACGACUAUGGCCUGGAGAACUUUGACACCCAGUUCACUAACGAACCAGUGCAGCUAACACCAGACGAUGAGGACGUCAUCAAGAGAAUAGACCAGUCCGAGUUUGAGGGAUUUGAAUACAUCAACCCUCUGCUGCUAUCUGCAGAGGAGUCUGUAUGAGGGAGAAGAGACCUCUUCUCCCACCUGUGUCUGUCCAGCCCCCCUCUCAGCCAAAUCUAUGAACAACUCCCUCUGGGAUGGAGGGAGGACAAGAAACUCCCGGCUUUGCACGAGGUUUGAGGACAUGAGUGCGAAAAUGAUACUUUUUUUUCUUUGUGGAUCCCCCAUAAUGCAUUGCAUUAUUUUGUCACCUGGGAAAAACUCUUUGGAGGUGGUCAACAUAAAAAAAAGGACACAGGAACAUUCCCAAAACCUGGUUGUUGAUUGUCUUCACGUUUUUUGUUUGUUUCCCCAACAACUCCAUCUCUGUGUCAGCAGCACGGCUGGCUAUGUCAUUUCAAAAACAGAAAGCGACUUCAUUCUGUGCCUGCCAUCGUAAAACAGAUUUGACAGUCCCGCCCCUCGCAUCCCUGGAUGGAAUAUGACAGUUCUACGACUAGAACUUGAAGUUGUGCACUUUGUUUUGUUCAUUCAUUUUUUUUGUGUUUUUUUACUUGUAGGAGGCUCCGCUGCCUCGAGCAAAAUAAGAAUGUACAAUGACGAAGGAAAAAAUGAUGAUACAAGUUAAUGUGUAUUAUAAUGUAGGUAGCAACUCCAAAUUGAUGAUGCCUUUCUAUUGAUGCAAAGUGGCACGUUUUAUUCAUGACCAUGAACUUUCUUUUUGUUCGUUUUCCUCAGCAUUGAUUUUCAUUAACAGAAAAAAAAACUGAGACAAAAGUUUAUUUUUAUUUAAGAAGUGCCUCAAAGAUCCAAUCUACACCAUGUUUCUGAUUGCACUUAUCGAUUGUUCCAAUUCCUUUCAGCUGCCUGGUGGGUUGGUCAGUUGGUGAAGAAAGCCAGUGGAACACAUUGCGCAUACAGACCAAGGGCCUCAUUUCUAAAGGGUUUUUGUGCACAGAUUUUAUUGUAAAUUGCGCAUACACGUAAAUGUAAAUUAUGCCAAUGUUUUAAGAGUUAAAUCUUUAACAACCUUGAGCUUGACAAGAAAAUAUGCAGUAGGAAGCAUUUUUGUAGAUCAUCCAAUACCCUGAUAGCACAAAGAGGCAAACUAUCAUCUGUCGGUCAACAGAAUUUUGAAGGAUAGUGCAUGGUCCUCAGCACUGAAGUAUGGGCAACUGUAAGUCUCUAUACUUCAACUUGAGAAGUAUGUUGCCAUAGUCCUUUACCAUUCACAGCAUAUAAAAAUGGAGUUGAUCACCAUAGAUGCUGAGUGAAAGUUGUUUAAUGGGGAAAUAUUUUUAAAGAACCACUGAACACGCUGUUUGGCACGUGUGUUUUUCUGUUGCUCAUUAGAAAAACGAGAAUUCAGUCUUGGCGGUAUGUUUCCUGACCGAUUCUGCGUUUGGGGAAUGUUUAUCCCCAUGAGACACUGUAGCCUAGUUCCCUUCCUCAAAAUCCCCAGAUUUAAUCUAAGAUAACUAAAGAAAUCUGUAAUUAAUGUUGAUGUUUGUGAAGAGGAUGUUUUAGUGCAACUUUACAUCCAUUUUACAUUUGGGGCAGUAUUUCUGAAGUAAAACAAAUGUGCGACAUGUUGUCUUAAAUUAACAAAGUCGGGCUGCUGGGCAGAUCUGUCACAUUGCUUAUGCUAUUGGAUAGAGAUAAAUCACCGCAGCUGUUCACCCCAUGUUAGUGGGAAAAUCGACAUUGUCAAAUCAAAACCUUACCUUCAUUUACAUGUUGUGACGCACGGAUGUUCCAAACUCCGUUUUAGACAAGACUGACUUCAUGACCAAAAUUAUCCUAUUUACAUGAGUCAAUUUUGACACUAGAAUAACUGUUUCUGACUCAUAUCGGUGCCACAUAGGCCAUUUUCAAAGGGAUUCGUUGCUUUUUAAAGGCAGUCGCUCUUUAAAUUGUGCAUACUAACACUGAGAAUUGAUUGAAUGCUUAAAUUUAGUAUAGCAACUGAUUUUAUAAAUGAGGCCCAAUGUCUUAGGUAAUCCAAAUGGUUAAAUCUUUAAAAAGGAAUGAACGUUAUGGAGCACAGUAGCCAGCCAUGGUUCUGAUGAAAACAUGGUUACUCUUACCAUUCUGUUGAAAUACCAACCUGGUCUCAGAGCAUUUUGUAUGUAAAUCUGAGAAUCCAUUUAGUAUAUGUUACAUUUUGUAUGGUACAGUUGAAGUCGGAAGUUUACGUACACUUAGGUUAGAGUCAUUAAAACACGUUUUUCAACCA